AAACAGAAAACCAAAGGAGGCUGCCUGCCUCCUUCCUCCUCUUCCUGCCAUCCAUCAUUCAGUACCACGAUCAGCGCCCGAGAUCCUGACUCUGCUUGCAAAGCUGGAAAUCCUCGUUCUCCUUCUGAUCUGAAAACAUGCUUCUUGGGGAACUCUCCAAGGAAGUGCUGACCCGGCCACUGACCCGGAACGAAGUCUUGGGGAUCCUCUUCCGCCUGACUAUUUUUGGGGCCACCACCUAUUUCAGCAUCAAAUGGGUCUCGGAUGCUUUGGACCCAAGUCGGAAGCAGAGGAUCCAUUUAAAGAAAAAGGCAGAAGGAUUGAUGAAACAGAUUGGAGUGGAGAGUCUGAAGCUGACGGAGCACGAGAUGACCAUUGCCUCCCAUUUGGUUAUUCCGAGAGACAUGAAGGUCUCUUGGAGGGAUAUUGCAGGCCUAGAGGAGACAGUCCAGGAGCUCCAGGACUCGGUCAUCCUGCCGUUCCAGAAGAGGCAUUUGUUUCGGCAUUCCGCUCUCUGCCAGCCCCCAAGAGGUGUCUUACUUUAUGGUCCUCCAGGCUGCGGCAAAACCCUCCUUGCCAAAGCCAUUGCCCAGGCGUCAGGAUGCAGGUUCAUAAACCUACAGGCAUCUACCUUGACAGACAAAUGGUAUGGAGAGUCGCAGAAGCUCACGGCUGCCGUUUUCUCUCUGGCAACCAAGAUCCAACCCUGCAUCAUCUUCAUAGAUGAAAUAGAUGCUUUCUUGAGGAACCGCUCUGAGAUGGACCACGAAGCUACUGCCAUGAUGAAAGCAGAGUUCAUGAGUCUUUGGGAUGGUUUGGAGACCGGGCCCGACUGCCAGGUCAUGGUGCUUGGAGCCACCAAUAGACCCCAAGAUGUGGAUCCAGCCAUCCGGAGGAGAAUGCCAACAACAUUCCAGAUUGGUCUCCCCACACAAAGACAGCGGCAGGAAAUUCUGAAGCUCAUUCUUGCUGGUGAAAAGAUGAGCAAUGCUGUGAACUUGAAAGAACUGGCUGCCAAAACGCACGGUUACUCCGGGAGUGACCUAUGGGAACUGUGCCGGGACGGUGCCAUGUACCGGGUGAGCAAUUACAUCCGAAAGCGACAAAUGAGGCAGAUAGCCCACAUGCUGCACGAGGAUGGAAACAGCGAGGAGGAAAGUGAUUUGGAAGAGGAGCAGUUGCGGCCAAUUACUCAAGUGGACCUGUUGCUUGCCCUGGAGAAGAUGCAAGAGUCCAAGACGGCUUCAGUCUCCAUGCCAGCAUUAAAAGGACCAAUGUUGGAUUGAGUUGGCCAGCCCUGCAAGCCUGCGGAAUGGAGAUGGCCACCUCAUUGCAAAGUUUGUUAAGAGGGUAGGACAGAAUCUAUAUAACCCAACUGUGGGAGUGGGAGAGGAAUCUGGAUUGAGCACAUCCAUAUAGGGUGGGAGAUGAAGAACACUUGUAAAUAUCAAAAAACACUCACGCCAAAGGAAGAGAGUGAAAAGGUUGAAAAGAAAAAAAACUGUGAUGGGGGUGUGGAGAAGGCGAGGAAUCCCAGUUGUUCCAAACUACAGGAAGAAGAUGUAGUACUUGAAUGUGACCAAAUAUAAUCAUCAGUAAAACUAGCAAGACAAGACUUUGGAGUUAAUAGUUACUAACCUGGGUACCUGGCAUUGCCAGGGUUAUUUGAAAAAGUCAGUGUUUUAAUUGCACAAAAUGUAUAAGUUUGUGGGUGAAUUACAACUGACAUCAUGCCAGGUUAACCCCGAGAAACUCCAUCAGUACUUAAAGUUUAUGUUGGGCAAGUUUGCUCUGGAUCCAUCGGUGUUUGGGUUCCCAAUGCUCUCUGGAUUUAGGUGAACUACAACUCCCCCAAAUCAAGAGGAAUUUCCCCCAAAGACCUCCAGUAUUAUUUGUUGGUCACGGGGGCUCUCUGUGCCAAGUUUGGUCCAAUUCCAUCUUUGGUGGAGUUCAGAGUGCUCACUGAUUGCAGUACCUGCAAUCAGUGAACUAUAAAUCCCAGUACCUACAAAUCUAAAAUACCCAGAUCAAUUCCACUCAAAACUCACCAAUAUUCAAAUGUGGGCAUAUCAAGUAUGCAUGGCAAGUUUGGUCUAGAUCCAUCAUUGUUCGGGUUCCUAGUGCGCUCUGGUGUAGGUGAACUACAACUCCUAUAAAUCCUUCCAAAGACCUCCUGUAUUUUUUUUUUUUUGUUGGUCAUGGGGAUUGUGUGCCAAGUGAGUUCCAGGUCCAUUGUUGAUGGGAGUUCAGAGUGCUCUUAGACUGCAGGUGAACUAUACAUCCCAGUACUUACAAUUCCUAUAAAUCCUGGUGAAUUCUCCCCAAACUUCUCUAGUAUGUUUUCAAAAUUCCUGUUACCUCUUUUCCUUGAAAUCGGAAACUUUCGGAGGAAUUUAACUUUCUAGUUUUUCACCUUUAAAGUCAGUACGUUCAUGCUGCACUGAGAUUAAUAUUUGCCUCUCUUGAACUUCUCGCCCAUUGUUUUCAUGGGGUGGCUGCAAGUUCCCCUCCCUUCCUGUUUUCUCUGCCCCUUGAAUAAUUUUUAAAUUUCACUCAAGAGUUCAAAAUGCAGGAGCCAAUAAGCCCCUUUCCAUUUCUAUUUGCAGUCCCUUGGCCACUAGAUGGAGUCCACAGCUUUGUCAAUGAGGCACAACCAGUACCAGUUUUUUAAUCGUGUCAGAAGCAAAUUGAGAAAUUGCAAGUUGCUUCUGGUGUGAGAGAAUUGGCCGUCUACAAAGACAUUGCCCAGGGGACUCCACUGUUACCAUCCUGCUGGGAGGCUUCUCACAUGUCCCCGCAUUGGAAGCUAGGGCUGACAGACAGGAGCUCACCCCGUCUCACGGAUUUGAACCCCCAACCUUCAGGUCAGCAGUUCAGCCAGCACAACUGUUUAAGCCAGUGGUCCUCAAUCUAUGGGCCCCCAGGUGUUUUGUCCUACAACUCUCAGAAAUCCCAGCCAGUUUACCAGCUGUUAUACCAAUCUCAUAUUUUGCUCUUCUUCAGAAAUAAAAUAUUAAAAUAGUAAUAAGCCAGAAUGUAUUUUCUCUGCCAGUGAAUGGCAGAGGUGUGGUAUUUAGACACUAAGAAAAAUAAAUCCGGCUCACUGUCAGCAUA